UGAGCAUAAACGCGCCGUCUGCUUUUCUUCCAGCCUCUUCGCUUUUUCUCUCUUUUCUCGCUUUCUUCUCUCCCCCUCAUUCCCCUCGUUUGUUCCGACUUUUGGUCGAUGAUGAUGGCGUCCUUCUCACCAAUCCUGUCGCCGUUGUUGUGGAUUGUUCCUGUCGAUUUCUAGUAUGCCUGUUCGUGGUAUAGUAUACUUCGAUCCAAGCCGCUCUGUUCCCUCCGUCAAUGCGAUUGGGCUGGUCCCUGAUCCAGUCGCCUGCCUUCUUGUCGCGACCGUUCUAUUAAUAGGUCUUUUUUUCCCAUGCGCACGAGAUUCUUGAUAUUUUUCUUCCGCCGAGAUUUUGUGAUACCCUACAUCGCCCGUUGUUUUAUCGAGCAUUGCGUCGCUUCGAGGUCUCCGUUGCGUCUGCGUAUUUCGACGGCACGCCAUGGAAGGUUCCUUUCCCGCGGUGAUGACCCAACCGGAUCGCAACGAACUAGGAGGCACGCCGGUGGUCGUUCAGCAAUAUGCAAGAUAUCCUCCGGCGCUCCAGCCCAGCCUACAGAGCGCUUCGUCGCUGGGUAGCGCUCACAGUCGCGUCGCCGCCUCCAAGUCCCCUCCACUCCAUCGAAAACCCACCCCUCGCAGUCUGCAAGCCUCGCCCACGGUUCCGCGAUCAAUCAUUCCCGCCCCCCCAGCGACUCGUCCAGGACCGUCCAUGUCACCUCCGGUCUUCGAUUCGGCUCGUCCGAGGCCCAUGAGGGACUCGAUGGAUCACGCAGAACCUCGGUCGUUACCGGCGCGCGAUAUCACCGAUGAAACUAUCGAUGAUGCAUACGUCGCGUUUGUCUUCUACUGCAAUCCGAAUGUCCCCACAUCGGUGGAUACGACAGAACUCCGGAAGACAUUCCGCUGCCCGCCCCGCAGCGACGGCAAGAGCUUCAGCAUCUUUGCUCUCUGGGAGCUUAUCAAAAGACUCGAUAGUAAGGAACUGAAGACGUGGAUUGCGCUAGCGAUCGAGCUGGGGGUCGAGCCCCCGGACAUGGAGAAGAAGCAAAGCACGCAAAAAGUUCAGCAGUACGCGGUUCGGCUCAAGAGGUGGAUGCGCGCGAUGCAUGUCGAUGCGUUCUUCGAAUAUUGCCUAGGUCACCCACACCCGUACUACACACAACUUCCAGCAAACGAUGCGGUGGUGAGCGACAGUCGCGACGGGGUUCCAUUGGAGGAGGAUCUUGCGCUCCGGGCGUUAGUGCCCCAAUGGAAACCAAAACGCGGCCGAAAACGAGCGGAAGAGCGGGAGAUCAGUGGGGAGCGGAUAGUCAAACGACCACAGCUGGAUACCUCAGCCGGGGUCUUGCAGACCUCGUUCCCGGCCCACUCCGCUUCAUUCCCCCAGAGUGCGAUUCCGUUUAGCGCCUUUCCGGAUGAAAUGGAAUCUCACGACCCGUGGAUGACCGCUGCAUCCUCAUUUCCCGCCGACGGACCGUCAGAUACGCCGGCCACCCAGCCGGGCCAGGAGCUGCGAUGGAGACCUUUGGAGCGAGAUCCGUCUCCCGCGGGGUAUCCGCAGUCAGCGAUCCUGCCUCGUGGCCAUCACCCCGACAUUUUUGUGCAUUCGGCGGAACCGCGGUCCGCAGUCACACCGUCAACUGGCGAGAAGACUCGGUCCAAGCGGCGCCAUGGCCCCGCCGUGUCUUCUGCCUGGCCAACGACCGUCGGGUCAUCCACGGGGAAGACUCGAGGUCGGCCCCCUAACCGGGGGACAUCCUCGGGGCCUUUCUCUUCCUUUCCCGUCAACCCGAUUCGCUCUGACCCGUCUCAUCUACACGGAUCGAAAGUGCACCCGGCUCCAGCGAUCGUCCUUGAACAGGACCACCCCAAUCGCUUCUCGAAUUCCCAAUACCAGCAAUCACCCACACCACUCCCCGGAGGCGGGCGACCAAACAAACUUCAGCUUCAAGUGCCGCAACAUUCAGGGGCUCCGGUACGCCUAGCAACCCCACCGACUCACAUGGUCAAUGGAGUCAACAACGCACCCACCGGCUUCAAGGUCGAGGGGCAACCACGGAACGGUCCGUCGGUUUUGAACGAUGCACCCGCCACCAACCCGCAUCUCCCGUCGAAUGUCCCCCGCAAUAGCAGCCAGUCCACUGCAGACAUCACGUGCGACGAUGUCGUGCGCGUGCUAUCAGGCGAACUGCUCCGCGGGCGACUCAUCGGUCGAACCACCCCGCUCAGCGUGGAGGAGUCACAAGGCUUGGCUGCAUCGGUGGUGGCUAAUAUGACAUCGUCGUAUUCACAGCUCCAGUCGGGCUUGCCUGUCCUCAUGUCCGCUCUCCACCUCGGACUAGGGCCACACUUUGGGUACCCUGGCAUCACAGAGAGUACAAUGCUUGUCCGGGUCGACGCUUCACCCGCUUAUCAUAGCGCCACCCCGCCAACACCUCCCGUAUAUACCAUUUCUCACGAAUACAAACAUGGGUACCGCUUCUCGACCAAGGUUUCCUACGGCGGACUUAGCCUUGGGAAGAGUGACGGGGACAAGCCUGCGCCGACUUCCAAGACGUCUGACGAGCUAGAAAGUACCAUGGCCGAUCUUGAUGGGUUAGCGGACGGCGAAUUCGAGAUCGACGGGGACGACCCAACUACCUCGGAGGCAACAUGGAAGCAACGGUACUUGAAGCUCCGAGCUCAAAUGCAGAAAAAGGAACGGUCUCUAUCUAAUUAUAAACGCAAGAUCCUCGAGUCGGUCAUGGCGGACGUCUAGGGGAGUUCUUCUUGUUCGUUCAACCUCGGCUUCGUUUCCAAACAUGCAACCUAGCUGUGGAAGCAGCCCGUGUUUCCUUUUUAUCUUAUCAUUUUUCUCCUUGAUAUCUUUUGAUACCACUUGCAAUCACCCAUGUCACUUCAACCAUGUGGAGCGCGAGUGUUUUAUGUUGUUUUCUUGUCCACGCCAAGUCUGAUUUGGAUCACGGAUACCCCUUGAGCGAUACCCAUGCUAGUUUAUCUAUCAGGCUAUAUACGAUAGACGACAUAUGGAAUUGGAAUAUCA